UCUUUCAGUGGACAAAUGGGGAGAAAACUCAGGACAUAUCCCGAAGUUUCACCUUUGGUCCAGAUCCCUCAAAAGGUCCCUUCUCACAAUACCCAAUCAGUGCAAAUACCAUGUCCAUCACAUCGGAUUGCACUGUUAUCCAAAAAAGACCACUGGUCCGAGACGGAGAAGAUGACCUGUCUCAGACAUCGAUCCUUACCACACAAGUCCUCCCUUGUUUGCCAUAAGACUGAGCCCCUAAACAACCAUGAUGACAAGAUCAAGGACACUUAUAAGCUGCCACCACCACACCCUGACCACCAUAGAGUUCACAUUAGCCCAGACCUGAGCUGUAAGACCACAGCUUCUGUAGACCUGUUCCAGUGGGGAGAUGCAUUAAUGACACCCAGUGAAAAGUCCUCCUCAGUUGUUCUGCCAAGAGGUCAGAUGGCCAAGGCCAAACAUAGUCCUUAUCACAAGGCUAAACAUACAUUGGAUUCUAAGACGCAGACCAAAUCUGUACUCCCUUCCCAGGACCACACUAAAAAUCAAGCCACUUCUCUUCCCUCCAUUAACCAACCUGGCAGGACUCCAUCACGCUGUCAAUCCCCAAUUAAGUAUCUACUGAUAAAUACCUAUCCUGCCCCAGAUAGCCAUACUAAACCUACUAUGCCAACCUACGAGCACCUCUCAGAGGCUCCACCAAUUCCUGAUGCCCAAGAGAUUACUCCCUCUAACAUAAGCUACCAAACCCAAAUGCCACUAGAAAAGGAAGAAUAUGGCAUACUCCCAAAACUUCUGAGCAAUCAGGCCAAAGAUCCAAUAAGCCAGUACUACCAAAAGGUAACUCCUCCUGGUUCCAUACAACAGAUUGAGACUCUGACAAGUGAUUACAAACAGGUUGAGGACGCACCCAUCUCCAAACAACCAGAGGCUCAACCUGAGAGCCAACACCAAAUCCAGACUGAGCAGAAUAGAGAGGUUCUCAAGUAUUUAAAUGACAUCAAGCCUUACACCCUCGAAGGGGGAAUAACUCUUACCACUCAAGUUGUUGAUAAAAUCAUCAGCUCCAUCCCUGAGGAGAAAAUAAAGAGAGAUAUCUGUAAUCAGAAUCGCUUGUGGCAAAUGAGGGGAUGCCCCAGGUCUACACAAUGGCCUGAACAACAUAUGUCUGCUAGUUAUACAAUCUGUUUAAGUUGUGCUUCAUGGGUUCCAAAUGGUUGUCCUCAUGUUGAUGGAAUGAAAAGUUCUUCUCUGGCACAAUUGCUGGCCAUACCAACAUCUCUACCUAAUUCAGAGGAGAAGAAAGUGAGAUUUUACCUUAAAGUAUCCCAGCAAAAACCAAAUCCCAUUUCUACUGUCACAGACUCCCUUUCCACUAAAACCGUGCCUUCAAGCCAUUCAUCAGCUUUUCCAUCAUGCCCCAAAUCAGAGUCUGAGCACCUGGUGCUUCCAAAAGUCACCUGGCUGGACUUCAUACUUGCAAGACGUCACCAUCUCAAGGAAAGAAAACCACGUUCUGCCCAAAAGCCAUUUGAAUUACCCUUGACAAGCAAGAUAAAUGUAGAAGAAAUGCCAGUGAGACCAAGGACACAAUUCAAGUCUCUCUUAGAGAAAUUUCAAAGUAGAAGUAAAAGCUAAAUUAAAAUGUUUAUUUUU